AGACGUGCAGUUGGAGAGGUAGACAAAUGGGAGGGCUGGAAUAAUCUGGUGACAGGACGGAGAGAGGGAGUAUAAAAGUUCAGCUUUGAGGGGGGGGUGAAGUCAGGCCAAGAAGAAUUUGGUUUAAUUACACAGGAUAUUUUACUACAGUGUUUGUGUAACCUGUUGCUCCAUCUCCUCGGAUCAUGGCUGACUUUGACAUGGUGCUGAAGUAUUGGGGUCCAGUCGAGGCAGACUACACUGGCAAUGGGGGCCUGGUUUUGACCCGUUUAUUCACAGAGCACCCAGACACUCAGAAGCUGUUCCCCAAGUUUGCCGGCAUCGCCCAGAGUGACCUGGCUGGUAACGCAGCUGUUUCUGCCCAUGGAGCCACAGUGCUGAAGAAACUGGGUGAGCUGCUGAGGGCCAAAGGCAACCACACUGCCAUCCUCAAACCUCUAGCCAACAGCCACGCCACCAAGCACAAGAUCCCCAUUAAUAACUUCAAGCUGAUUACAGAGGUUGUUAUUAAGGUCAUGGUGGAGAAGGCAGGACUCGAUGCCGCCGGGCAGCAAGCUCUGAGGAAUGUAAUGGCUGUUGUCAUUGCUGACAUUGACGCCGAUUACAAAGAGCUGGGCUUCACCGGCUGAAGGUUAAAGUCUUGCCAAGAAAAUAUACAUGCAAGAUUUAAAAAAAUGAAAUGGUUUGAUCUUCUGAAAACACAUAUAUACUAAUUUGCAAUCCAAGGAAAUUACAUUACAGCACUACUAUAAAUCACAGCCUCAAAUAUUGCUAUAGAUUUAAAGAUCAUAGGAAACAUAAUGUAUCUUUAAUUGCAGAAUUAUUGUGUUAUUUGUUGUAUUGUGUGUGGUCCAGUAUUACUAAUAAAUAAACAUGUUUUUAUUUCUGUUAAAUGAGAUUGAUCUCAUCCAAGAUUCCUGACUAACAACAAACUGUAAAACCUUUGUCAAAUAUUACCAAUAAAAUGAUGUUGCUGUA